UUUUGACAUUUUUGUUUUGGCUAUUUUCCAAGAGUAAGAUUUAAAAAUUACGUGUACUGUACUCAAAGCACUCAGUAGAGAGGUGUAAAAGCAGCUUUGGCUGAAAAUGUAAUUAUUUUUCAUAAGACCAUCGCGGUAAUUUUGAUAAACAUGGAGAUUCCAUACAGAAAGAUUGCGAUUUACGUUUUAACUUUCGUAGCCUAUGCGUAUACGGGCAUGGGCUCUAGUAUGUUAAGGAAUUUAAAAGAUGCAGUACUAUCGGCUGAGUCAGUUUUCGGAGAUAUGUUUAAGAAUGUUAUAACAGUGGCUGAGAAAUUCAAGUCGUUGCAUGAAGUUUUUGAUGCAGCAGUGGAAGAGGAAUGUAUAUUUAAUUGCCCUGAAGGAUCUAGACCAGUGCGCAAUAGAAACCACAUCCCUAAAUCAGAUGGCUGUGGAUCUCUUGGCUUUGAAAUUGCAUCAGAAUACUUGCCAUUAGAAGAAAUGACUAAGUGUUGUGAUAGUCACGAUAUUUGCUAUGACACAUGUAAUAGUGGUAAAGAAACCUGUGAUUUGGAUUUUAAGAGGUGCCUCUAUAACUACUGUGACAGUUACAAAACUGUUAAUGUUGCGGGGGAUACGAUUACUAAAGGUUGCAAAGCUGCAGCAAAGUUGUUGUUUACUGGAACACUAACACUUGGUUGUAAAUCAUAUCUUGAUGCUCAGAAAAAUGCCUGCUAUUGUCCCCCAGCUAAAAACAGUAAAUAUAAGAAAUAUCCUGGAAGUGGGGACUUAUAAUAGGGUGUCUGUUAAUUUUUCUUAUCCAAAGAUAGUUUUUUCUGCCAUAUUUGUGAUACUUGUAUAGUUAUUUAUUGAGAAAAAUUGCAUAAUAUCUAUUUUAUUAGUGAGAUUUUCACAUUGGAUAUUUUUUGUAGUAGAUGGAUGGAGAGUCCUAUCUUAUUGUGGAAGGUUACAUACUCAAGGGGAUUUUAGUUCCUUAUUUAAAAAUCUAGUAAGCAUAACAAUAUGUAGUUAAGGGUACAAGAAACUGUUCAUACUUUUUUAAAGAUAAAAUAAAAUGUGGUUUGCUUA